CCCAGACGGCUGGGAUUCGGAAGCAGGCCAGCCUGGGGUCCCUUCACGCAGGGUCGCCGGGAAGGGGUGACUUUGCCAGGUUGCAGCUGGAGCUAGGGGCGGGGGGCGGCGCCGCUCGCAGGCUUCCAUCCUUCCCCUCGGCGGUGGACUCGGCUGCAAAACCGGGGGUCCCUAUUUCCCGGACCGUUUCCCACCUAGGCCGCGGCUGGGAGGCUCCCGGCCUCAUGGCAGACAAGAAACUGGUGGUCGUGUUUGGGGCCACAGGUGCCCAGGGGGGCUCAGUGGCCCGGACACUCCUGGAAGAUGGGACAUUCAGGGUCCGAGUGGUGACCCGGGACCCUGGGCAGAGGGCAGCAAAGAAGCUGAGGCUGCAAGGUGCAGAAGUAGUGCAGGGAGACCAGGAUGAUGAGGCCAGCAUGGAGCUGGCCCUGAUCGGGGCUCAUGCCGCCUUCAUCGUGACCAACUACUGGGAGAACUGCAGCCAGGAGCAGGAGGUCAAGCAGGGAAAGCUGCUGGCCGAUCUGGCGAAGCGCCUGGGCCUGCACUACGUGGUCUACAGUGGCCUGGAGAACAUCAAGAAGCUGACAGCAGGGAGACUGGCAGCAGGACACUUUGACGGCAAAGGGGAGGUGGAGGAAUAUUUCCGGGACAUUGGUGUCCCCAUGACCAGCGUGCGGCUGCCCUGUUAUUUCGAGAACCUCCUCUCCUGCUUCCUGCCCCAGAAAGCCCCAGAUGGAAAGAGCUACUUGCUGAGCUUGCCCAUGGGUGAUGUGCCCAUGGACGGCAUGUCUGUGUCCGACCUGGGCCCCGUGGUGCUCAGCCUGCUGAAGAUGCCCGAAGACUACAUCGGCCAGAACAUCGGGCUCAGCACCUGCAGGCACACGGUGGAGGAGUACGCUGCCUUGCUCUCCAGGCAUACCAGGAAGACCGUUCGAGAUGCCAAGAUAAGCCCCGAGGACUACGAGAAGCUUGGCUUCCCCGGCGCCCAGGACCUGGCCAAUAUGUUCCGUUUCUAUGCCCUGAAACCUGACCGCAACAUCGAACUGAGCCUGAGGCUCAACCCCAAGGCCAGGACGCUGGACCAGUGGCUGGAGCAGCACAAAGGGGACUUUGCAGGACUGUGACCCUGCCCACCUCUCAACCCCAUCUGGGGGGACGGGAGAUAUAGUCACAGUGAUCCUUUCUUGUGUUACAAGAAAGUUUAUUUUUUAAAUAAAGGCCAUUGUUCUCACA